CGCGGCGCGACGCCACAAGGGGUGCGCCUGGAGCUGCGCGGGCGCGGGGAGGGAGCUCCCGGCCCAGUUCCGGGCGCCGAGAGCUGGCGUUUGGAGGCGUUCCCGCCUCGAUGUGUGGCGGGCGCUCGGGUUGGUAGCCCAGCGGUUAGAGCUGCUCUCCGAGACGUCUGCUGCCAAAUGUGGGCGCAGCAGUGACUCGGCUCCUUCCUCCAGCGGCGCGGGGCUGACUUCCCGCCCGGGCCAGACCCUGAGCUUGACACCUGCGGGGGUCUUCGAAGACCUGGUCCCGGUCCUCCGAGGAAGGACAGUCUGUGGGGGCACUUUAUGCCUUUAUAGCUCUAGAGCAGCAUGGAUCUGCCUGUGGCUGAGUGGAAAUCAUACCUACUUCAAAAGUGGUCUUUACUCCCGAAGUCCAUUCAGGUCACAGUUUCUACAGCAGAGACUUUGAGUGAUGUCUUUCUUCAAUCCUCUUCACUUCUUCAACCUGAGGAUGAGAUAUUUCUAAAAAGACUUUCUAAAGGUUACUUCGUGGGAAAGGACUCUGGCGCUCCCCUUUUCUACAGAGAAGAAGGAAACAAAAAAUUUCAGGAGAAAGAUUACACAGUAGCUGCAGUGCUGUACUCUAAGGGAGUGUCACAUUCAAGGCCUAACACUGAGGACAUGUCACUGUGUUACGCUAACCGCUCGGCAGCCCUCUUCCACCUGGGUCAGUACGAGACGUGCCUUAAAGACAUUAUUAGAGCACAGACGCAUGGGUAUCCAGAAAGAUUGCAACCCAAGAUAAUGUUACGUAAAGCAGAAUGUCUGGUGGCCCUGGGGAGACUACAGGAGGCGCGCCGGACCAUCAGUGAUCUUGAAAGGAACUUCCCUGCCAGCCCAACCCUAGCAGAUUUCCCCUCUCAGAGUGUGCAGAGAAACCUCCAUCAUCUGAAAAUGAAAGUACAAGAAAAGGAGAAUCUCCCAGAAACCUUCCCGGCAGCUCUGGCAAAAACCCUUGAGGGUGUGGACCUAGGAGAAGAGAAUAAACAACUUUCCAACGCCUCAUCAUCUGUCGGCUUAUGCAUGGAUCCUUUAAAAGGUCGCUGUCUCGUCGCCACAAGAGAGAUUCUCCCAGGAGAGCCUCUGGUGAAGGAGGAUGCUUUUGUGAGUGUUCUUAACCCAGGAGAACUGCCACCACUGCAUCACAGCCUAGACAGCAAAUGGGACACCAGAGUUACCAAUGGGGACCUCUACUGUCACCGAUGUUUGAAGCACACUUUGGCCACAGUUCCCUGUGAUGGAUGCAGCUAUGCCAAGUAUUGCAGCCAAGAGUGUUUGCGGCAGGCCUGGGAGCUCUACCAUAGGAUAGAAUGUCCUCUAGGUGGGCUGCUGCUCACACUGGGUGUGUUUUGCCACAUUGCCCUGAGGUUGACUCUUUUGGUGGGAUUUGAGGAUGUUAGCAAAAUCAGGAAGCUUUGUGAUGAGGUUAGUAAUAAGGACAUCUAUUUACCUGAAAGCAACAGUCGGGUUAAGACACUUAAUUCUGGCCUAGGGGAGAUUGAGAAAAAUGGCAAAAUUGUUGAGACCCCAAUUCCUGGAUGCGAUGUUAAUGGGAAGUAUGAAAGUAAUUAUCAGGCUGUCUUCAACCUUUUGCCCCAUACUGAAAACCAUAGCCCAGAGCACAAAUUCCUCUGUGCACUCUGUGUUUCUGCACUGUGCAGGCAGCUAGAAGCAGCCAGUUUCCAGGCUGUCGCAACAGGUGCAGACUCCUCCCGGCUGAAAGCAGCAGCGGCGCCUGAGUUGUGUCCAGACGUGACUGUUUGGGGUGUGGCGAUGCUCCGACACAUGCUCCAGCUACAGUGUAACGCCCAGGCGAUAACCACCAUACAGCACACAGGAUCUAAAGAGGGCAUCGUUACUGGCAGCAGGCAGGUGCGCCUGGCCACGGGCAUCUUCCCUGUCAUCAGCCUGCUGAACCACUCCUGCAGCCCCAACACCAGCGUGUCCUUCAUCAGCACCAUCGCCACCAUCCAGGCGUCACAGCGGAUUGGAAAGGGGCAGGAGAUUGUCCACUGCUACGGGCCUCACAAGAGCCGGAUGGGGGUGGCCGAAAGGCAGCAGAAGCUGAGGUCUCAGUAUUUCUUUGACUGCACCUGUCCAGCUUGUCACACUGAGGUACACGAGAUGGCUGCAAGGCCCAGGUGGGAGGCUUUCUGCUGCAACAGCUGCAGAGCGCCCAUGCAGGGAGAUGACGUGCUGAGCUGUGGCCGCAGAGGCUGUGCAGAAUCUGUCCGCAGGGACCACCUCGCCUCUCGCUUACAGGACCUUCGGCAGCAGGUUGGAAUGGCCCAGAAGCUUCUCAGCGAUGGUGAACUAGAGCCAGCCAUUCAGCAGCUGUUGGGGUGUCAGCGUGAUGCCAAGAGCUUCCUGUCAGCAGAGCACGCCGUGCUGGGAGAGAUUGAGGAUGGCCUGGCCCAGGCCUGUGCUGCCUUAGGGGACUGGCAGAAGUCAGCUACCCAUCUGCAGAACAGCCUCCGAGUGGUUGAGGCUCGCCACGGGCCGUCCAGUGUUGAAAUGGGCCAUGAGCUCUUCAAGCUGGCCCAGAUCUUUUUCAAUGGGUUUGCAGUACCCGAAGCGCUGAGCACCAUACGGAAGGCCGAGGAGGUUCUGUCGCUGCACUGUGGCCCGUGGGACGAUGAGAUCCAGGAGCUCCAGAAGAUGAAAUCCUGUUUACUGGACUUAACACCCUCCCUGUAGGGCCUUCAGUGUAGGGUCCCAGGAGGAUUUUGACCACAGAAAAGGAGCCCAUGGAGCACAAGUUAAAGAGGCUCUGCUGGCCGGGCGCAGGUUCUGCGGGCCGGUUAUGAGGGGUGAGGCGGACUCAAAGUGCAGUGAGAGAGACACCUGUUUUGGUGACUGUUUCUUGAAAUGGUUAACUGCCCUCCAGUAAAAGCUCCCAGUCCCCAGGAAAGACUUAAAGCCGGUGUCUGGAGAUUCCAAGUCCUUGAGAAGGGUUUUAGCUGCUCUGCAGGGUCUGGAUGCCGGCCGGGGUCUUGGCUGGAUUCCACCUCACUAAACGCUGAUGCUGUGUUUCCCUGGAACAUUCCUAUGGUUUUCGUGGUAAUGAAAUGCAGUGCGCCACUCCAGCGGGAACCUCAA